AUGAUUGAGAGAUUAAAGAAUACUAGUGGAGAAUGGGUGCGUGGUGAGAAUGAGAUUCUUAAGCUGGCUGUUCUUCAUUUUCAGAAUCUCUUUAAAGCUUCCGAUAACCUUGUUAUGUCUGAAUGCAUUAGCAGAAUCCCUAUUAGAGUGACUGAAGGUAUGAAUCGAGAGCUAAUGAAAAAGGUUUCUGAUCAGAAAAUCAAAGUAGCUGCUUUCAGCCUUGGCAGUCUUAAGGCACCGGGUCCAGAUGGAUUAAAUGGCCUUUUUUUCCUAAAGCAUUGGGCAAUUAUUGAGAAAGAGGUUUGUGAAGUUGUUAAGCAUUUCUUUCAGGAAAGGGUCCUACCGAGUGGCAUCGGAGAUACUAUUAUAGUCUUGGUUCCUAAGACCAAUCACCCAGAAACUCUUAAUCAGCUUCAACCGAUUAGCUGUUGUAAUUUUAUAUAUAAGAUCAUUUCUAAGGUGUUGGUUAUUAGGCUUAGAAGAAUAAUAGAUGCAAUUGUUUCACCUAUCCAGAGUGCUUUUGUGGGGGGACGCCUCAUUCAAGAUAACUUGGUAAUAGUGCAGAAAAUGUUUCAUGCUUUAAAUAGAAAAGGGUGGCAUGCUUCCAGGAAUUUAGCCGUUAAGAUUGAUAUGAAUAAAGCCUAUGACAGGGUUGAAUGGUCAUUCCUAGAAGCAACUCUGAAAGCUUUUGGGUUUAAUUUGCACUGGGUUAAGUUGAUUAUGAUGUGUGUCUCGCAGGUUUCUUUUAAAAUUAAGAUCAAUGGUAUUUUGUCAAGAAGUUUUGUGCCGCAGAGGGGACUAAGGCAGGGAGACCCCCUUUUGCCUUAUCUGUUUAUCAUAGUAGUUGAAAUUUUUACUAUUCUUAUGGACAAGGCUAAAGAAGAGGGUAGAAUCUCUGGUGUCAGAAUUGCUCCUACUACUCUUGCCAUUUCCCAUCUCCUCUUUGCGGAUGAUUGCAUUAUCUUCUCGAAGGAUAGUGAGGAGGAAGUUUAUCAGCUCAUUACUAUUUUAAAUAUGUAUACAGAAGCCUCGGGGCAGCGAAUAAAUGUUGACAAGUCUGGGAUUACGUUCGGCAACCAGGUUCCGAUUAGAAAUAGAGCGGAAAUAGAAGAGAUCUUAGGGUUGCCUGCUUGGGAUCAACCAGGUAAGUACCUUGGUCUUCCGGUUCAGUGGGGUAGAUCUAAGAAUAAUGCUCUGAGGUGGAUUGAGGAGCGAGUGUCUGAUAAGCUUUGCGGUUGGAAGGAAAAGCUUCUUACUCAGUCUGGGAGGGAGGUUCUCAUCAAAUCGGUUAUUCAAGCGAUACCUGCCUAUGCUAUGAAUGUCGUCCUCUUUCCUAAAGGUUUUUGUCACCACCUUUCUCAGAAAGUGGCUAAAUUUUGGUGGGCCUCUACUGGUAAGGAUAGGGAUUCUAUUGGAAGAGUUGGGAUAAAAUUUGUGCUAGCAAAAGGGAUGGAGGAAUUGGUGCUUAAGGCUAUUUAUUUUCCGAAUGAGAAUUUUAAAGUAACUAAGGCAGGAAAGGGAGCAUCUUGGAUCUGGAAAAGUAUUAUGCAUGGUAAGGACUUCCUAUUGAGAAAUGGGAGAUGGUUGAUUGGGAAUGGAGAAAAAGUGAGUAUUUUGGAUGAUAAUUGGAUAUUAAACAUGAAGAAGAGUCCUGAUGUUAUGAAUAAUGACGUCACGGAAGACAAAUUUAGUUGGCCACUUAAACCUGAUGGAAAGUACACUAUCAAAACGGGAUAUCAUGCUGCCAGAAAAGAGCAGCAUCUUGAUAAUAACAAUAGCCCAUCAACUAGUGAUGACUUCAGGGACUUAUGGAGAGACAUUUGGAAGUUAAAAGAACCAGAGUCCACUGUGCAUGCGCUGCUGCUCUGCCCUUGGACAAGGGCUGCGUGGUUUGGAGCCCAAAUUCAGUGCUAUCCUACGGUCCAUACAGUCUCAUCUUUUGGAAAAUGGAUAAUGGAUCUUUUUAAAAAUAUGAAGGUGUGCACAGAAAGUGACUACGAGCUGUGUAGUAGCAGAGUAGGUUUUUUGGCAUGGGAGGUGUGGAAAGCGAGAAAUCAGGCAGUGCAUCAGAGGUCCAAGCCUAGCCCUUUACUAGUAAUUAACAACACUAAGCAAAUGGAAAUAGAAUUUGUAGAUUUCGCAGGAGAACCAGCUAUAAAUUCUAUUCAUGGCAGAAGGACAGUUAGAAGGAUUACCUGGAGACCGCCACUGCCAGGAUGGAUCAAGUGCAAUGUUGAUGCAGCGUUUCUCGAAGUGUUCUCUAGAGGAGCAACAGCGGCAGUAUUCAGAGACCAUGCUGGAAACCUCCUCACAGCCUCAAACUCUAAAAUUGCGGCUUCGUCGCCUUUAGCUGUAGAAGCAUUAGCGAUUAGGGAAGCACUAAUAAUAGCUAAAAACUUUCAACUGGAAAGAAUUAUCUUUGAAUCUGACAGUUUGAUUCUCAUCCAAGCUGUAAAAUCAAAAGCUUCAAUUGCAGAAAUUCAAAUUAUUUUGGAUGACAUUUUGGAUUUUGCGCGAAAUAUCUCAAAUUGUGGGUUUACAUGGGUGCCACGAGAAGGGAAAGCCUUAGCGCACGUGGUAGCCAAGCUUACAGCUAACGGUUCUCUUCGACAGAAUUGGCCCAGUACUCUUUUGGUUGGAUACCAGAUUGGUGACUUUGCAUUGAUGGGAUUGAGGAGCAAUGUGGGGUUGUAUCCUGUUCCUUGUUGCUGGGCAUUUUGGGUCUUCGGGGUUUCCUUCAGUCGGGGUGGGUUGCUCAUGACUACUAGAGAGUUUCAAUCCAUCCCAGAUAGUGCUUGUUCUGAGGCACUGGAUCUGCAUUCACCUCAGAUGCGGGUUAGCUGCGGUUUCACCAUCACCAUCCUUUGGAGUGUGGUGGCGGAGAUAUUCCCCACCAUCUGCAUCUCGGAGCACGCUUCUGCUUAG